AUGGAGCUGGGGCUGAGCCUUGGCGAGGCGCCAGUGCCGGACACCACCGGGAGGGCGCUGCCGGAGCUGGGCCUCGGGCUUGUGGUCGGGAUUGGAGCCAGCGCCACCGGAAUCGGAAGAGGGGGUGAGGAGGGCGGGAGGGGAACAAGCAGGGCAGCGGGGAUGGGAACGGGGUGGUGGGCGGCGGCGUCGGCCACACUGGAGCCGGCGGUGCGGCUCAGCCUCAUGUCCAGCAGCCUCGGCCUUCAGUGGCCGCCUUCGGACGUCGGCAUCUGUCAUGCAGGCCAUGGCGAGGCGCCAGCGGCGUGCGGGUUCGACAUGAACCGGGCGUUGUCGUCGGUGGUGGCGAGCGCUCUGGCGGCGUUGGAGGACGACAAGGAAGACCCGGGCGCAGCGGCGGCCCUAUCCUCGUUGCCCAACGACAAUAGCACGGGCUCCUUCCCGCUAGACCCGGGUGGCGGCAUACAUGCCCAUGCUGAGGGUGGCGGCGUGGCGUAG